AUGUCCAGUAUUUACAAGACUUUAUCUCGUAAAGAGAAGGAUGGCAAGAAGAGCAACAGUGGUAAUGAGAAACAGUUCAUGAACAAGCAGCGUACGCUACUUAUUUCUUCCAGAGGUGUGACGUAUAGACACCGUCACUUGAUCCAGGACUUGAACAGUUUGUUGCCACACUCCAGAAAGGAGCCUAAGCUAGAUACGAAGAAGGAUCUUGGGCAGUUGAAUGAAAUUGCUGAGUUGUACAACUGUAACAAUAUUAUUUUCUUCGAGGCCAGAAAGCACCAGGACUUGUACCUAUGGCUAUCAAAGCCUCCAAACGGGCCAACUAUCAAGUUUUACUUGCAAAACUUGCACACGAUGGACGAGCUAAACUUCACUGGUAACUGUUUGAAGGGUUCGAGACCAAUUUUGUCCUUUGAUGGGAGAUUCGACACGCAACCCCACUACCGUUUGAUCAAGGAGCUAUUCAUUCACAACUUUGGUGUGCCUCCACAAGCCAGGAAAAUGAAGCCAUUCAUCGACCAUGUGAUGUCGUUCAGCAUAGUAGACGAUAAGAUUUGGGUCAGAACGUAUGAGAUAUCGCACGAGGCCAGAAACACUGUUGAAUACGAGGAAAAAGAAGAGGACGAGACUUCGUUGGUCGAAAUAGGUCCUAGAUUCGUCAUGACCCCAAUUUUGAUCCUUGAAGGUUCGUUCGGUGGUCCAAAGAUCUACGAAAACAAGCAAUAUGUUUCUCCAAACGUCGUCAGAGCGCAAAUGAAGCAACAGGCUGCCAAUGCUGCCAGGACCAGAGCCGAGGCUGCUGCCGAGAGAAAGCUCAAGAAGAGGGAAAACGUCCUAGCUGUGGAUCCAUUGUCCAACGAUGCUUUGUUCAAGGAUUAA